UCGUCCGCAUCUAACACAUUGAAAACAUAGAACAAGCAAAUUUUUCCUUCAUCUUGGUUCUAUAUUUUGAUGAUAAAAUGCUUUUCGUGUAAUCUACAUGGUCAGCGUAAAGACAUUGGAGUGAGAACAGAGAACCAACAAUGGCGAGGCGCGACGUGUUAAAGGUAUAGAAGAUCAGUAACUCACGAAAGACAAGAAACUGAGAUCUGACUAGAGGCCGUAGCACAAAUCGUAAAAAUAUUUGGUGAAAAGCGGCUGCCGAAAACAAAAAAAGGAGUGGAUCAACCAAUCAACCAGAACAAAACCACCGACCCUAAUAAUCUAAAAAAAACAACUACUGCAGUUGAGAUUACAAACACACGAAUUGCAUGCACAUUCAAGCAAUAAAAGCAAUGUUAAAUCUCCGGGGUAGUGUUGGUGUAAGACCUAAUUUAAAAUAUUCUUUAAAACAAGCUAGAUCAGUCAAUAAAUAUACACUAAAAGAUAAUCGAUUAACCCAUUCAGAUCAGAUACCUGAUUAUAUUUUUAAUAAACUGAUGAUAGUUGAUUACCGUGUCCGUGAAUUUAAAUUAAGUAACAAAGCUAGCAAUACUUCCGACUUUGAUGCAAGCGAGGAUGAAGAUGACGAGGAUAGUGAUGAAGAUGAUGACGAGGAAACAGGAGUCCAUCCAAUGGAUGCUUUGCUUGGUAUUUUUCAUUCUUCCGAUAUUUUUUUACGACGUUAUCUGGUUACUAAGUUAUCUGAAUGUCAACUCAGUGUUCCAUUUCUUCUGCCUGAUCCUGAGACGGCUCCAUUUAAAAACGUCACAAUGGUACUUUCAGCUUUACAGAAUAUCACAAAGUCUUGGAAAGAUGAGAGUGCGCAAGAGGUGUUUGCAACAGCACAUCCAUUUCCGGUGGCUUCCUUCAUCCGUCUUGGCGAACCUACUAUGUCGAAAUCAUUCUUGAUCAACAAAAUUAUGAGCGAAGGAGACAGUUACCAUGAUUUCUUCUUCCACAGAGAUAUGGAAGGUGGCAACGUCGAAAGGAAAGUUGUCGAUGGAUUGGUUGAAUUGAGCUGGUAUCUUCCUAGAGGGAAACCGGAGGCAAUACAGAAACGUGAAAUUUGCUUUGCAAAUCUUCGAGGAGAGGCUGGAAUUUUUAAGGAACAACUAAACGUUCUUUCGAAGAUAUCCUCCGUUCUUUGCAUAGUGCUAUCCUCGGAAUAUUCGGAUCCGAUCAUACAGGAUAUUUUGAAAAGAUCUAACAACGAUACAAAAGUCAUUCUCUUGUUUGAAAAAAAAAUAAAGGGAGAGGAAAAGAAAUAUUUUGACAGUUUAAAAAGUAGUUCUGAUGGAAAGUUGUCUUUAAUAGCGAAAAGUGGAAAUGAACAUAAAUUUGUUCAAACCAUACAAAAACAUAUCAAAAGGAAAAUAAGUCAUUUUAAUGCAAGACCUCUUGUGGAACUUUCGUCGUAUGUGGAUGAAUUUGGCAUUCGACUUGAGGAUGAUCAGAUAAGUUCAGAAUUCAAGGCAAUGAUAAACGGCUUGUUGGAAAAUGGGAUUGAAAAAAUGAAAAACUUAAUGACGUUGCAAAUACACAUCCCAGUAUUGGCGGACUUGGAACGUGAGAUGUAUCGUCCAAAACGUUAUGGUAACAAAUUUUAUAAAGAAGAUAAUAACGAAAUAUAUCAAAAGAUUGCAGAAAAUGAGAACGCGCAAAAAAAAUCUUUGGAACAUCUAGACAGAGAAAUUCUUAAUUGUCUAAAUGGAAUUGCAAACAUGGAUGAAUUGGAACGAUAUAAAGUCUUUAACAUGAUGAAGCAUCAGUUAGAUAAGAUAGGAGGAUCAAAAUCCUCGCUUGGUUUAGAACACAUCAUCAGAGAACUAGCCCAGUUAUACCAAAUUAAAAGGAAACAAAACGAGAAUGCAGAAGAUGCAAAGGGAAACGAAUGCGACUAUGCAGGUGCUGUAGCAGACAUCUUGCUUUCAGGACAACCUCUUGAGCUGGUUGAUGGAGAUUCCUUUUACAUUCCGCUUCGAUGGUUCAAUGCUGUGUGUACCAAACUAAAAGAGAAAACCAACGAUGCCAAAAUUUUUGUAGUCUCAGUUGUAGGAAUCCAAAGUUCAGGCAAGUCAACAUUGUUAAACACAAUGUUUGGUUUAGAUUUUCCUGUCAGUGCAGGUAGAUGUACUAAAGGCGUUUUCGCCAGUCUUAUUCCUGUUAGUGAUUCCCUUAAGUCUAAUUUCAAAGUCUCAAAGUUUGAUUAUGUUUUGGUUGUUGAUACUGAAGGUCUCACAGGAUCCUCGGAUCCUCAGUUGCGGGAACGCGACAAUGAGCUGGUAGCUUUUGCCAUUGGUUUGGCAGAUGUAACAAUAGUGAAUAUUAUGGGUGAAAGUUCUAAUGAGAUGAAAGAUUUCUUAGGAAUAGCUGUCCAUGCUUUCUUAAAGAUGAAGCUUGUCGAAGAGAACAAUAAGAUGUCUUGCAAAAUUGUCCACCAAAAUGUUGCAGCUGCCGAUGCAGAGGAAAAAUUGGCCGGAAAUCGUUUAGAGUUGAUGAAAGAUCUAGAUAAGAUGGCGGAGCUUGCUGCAACUCAAGAAAAUUGCAAAAAGUUCAACAACUUUAAUGAUAUAAUUUCAUUUAACGAAAGAGAAGACGUGUUUUAUUUACCACCUUUUAAGUCGGGAAACCCACCAAUGGCUCCUGUAAACCCUCAGUAUGGAAGAGAUGUUCAAACAAUUAAAAACGGUAUAAUUUCCUUGAUGUGUUCAAGGUCUUCAAAAGAAAGUUGUCAUUAUGCUGUAUCCCAUUUUCAACACAGAGUAACCGAUCUUUGGGAAGCACUUCAACAGGAACAUUUUAUAUUUAGUCUUCGCAAUACGAUUGAAUCAAGAGCGCGGAGGGCUUUGGAGAACGAGUAUUUAGAGAAAUCUGUGUCUUGCUUGGUGACAGGAAUGGCUGAGCUUAAAGAAGAAAUUGAUGUAGCUCUGAGAAGAUGCUCAACACCAGUUCAACUAGAGAAAGAAUGGGCUGAGCAUAGAAAUGCGAUAAAUCGGAAGGCAGAAGAGCUUGGAACAAAAAUGGAAGAAGCAAUGGAUGUGUUUUUUGAAACCAGUGAAGACAGGGCAACUCUUGAUAAGUGGAGAGGAGAGAUAAGCGAAGAAAUUAAGAAGAAAAAAGAGAAUCAAGUGAAAGAGGUUGAGGACAAUUGUUCUAAAACCUUGUUAUAUCUGAAAAGACUUCAUGUUAUAAAGAAAAAGCAAAUAACCUAUGAAGAGAAAAUAAUGGAAAGAGCUAAAGCGUUUAUUAGUUCUUAUCAUGAUUCUCAUGAUAAGGAGAAAUUAAAGACGAUGUUCAAAGAAGAAUGGCAGCGAUGGAUUGCAGACAUUCCAAUGUCAGUGGAAGUGGAAAUUAACAUCAAAGACGAAAUGGUGAAUGUUCUGUCUAGGAACAGCGUCCUUGCAAAUAAAGAUACGCUAGAAGAACUAAACAAUAUAUCGAGGUUUCAAGUUUCGGGUAUAGAUGUUGAUGAUGUUACCUACCACAUAAGCUUUUUAAGAUGGUUGUACUCAAUGUUCUGGGGGGGCGCGAUUCAACAAGAAUGUGUUAAUUUCGCUAAAGAAACAACAACAAAGGCCAUUAAUAAGGCCCUUGCAUUUGCCAAAAGUGAAUCAGAAUCAGGUCUACGGUUUACCCGUGAAUAUCUCGAAAAAAUGUAUGAAAUUGUAGAAACAACUAUAACUGAAGAAACUGAGAAAUACGCCAACUACUCCCUGGAAUUUACUGACUCUUUGAAAUGUGAUAUUUUCCUUUAUACUUUUUCCCAGUCGUACAUAUUUUUUGAUGAGAUGCAACAACGAUCUUUACAAGAACAAGAUAUUAGAAGUAACCUGACUGAAAAAUUGCGUCCAAUUUUGGAAAAUUAUUUUGAAAAUGUUAACGAUCCGGAUAAACAACUGCUGUUGGCUGCUACUUUCUUCGUUGAGGUACUUGAGAAGCAAAUUGAAUCAGCGCUGGAUUGUAACAUGGGUCUUGUGGUGGCGAGGAAAAUAUCGAAGAACGUCGAGUUGCAGAACAAAGGUAAAUUUCAUGCUAGAGUUCUGAUAAAGCUUGGAAAGGAAGGCAAGUUUGAGUCGUACAUUCCUUAUCUUGAAUAUCCAAUUAAAUUUCUUUACAAGAAAUUAAAGGAAAGAAUUGAAUAUUACUGUCUAAAUGAAAUCAAAGUUGACAUUGUCUCACUCUUCGAAAACGAAGUUAACAAGAUAAAAGAUAACGUUUUAUCAGCUAUUGAUUUUGCGAAUCAAACCACAGCAGCGGGGGAGGAGAAAUUGUCUAUCUGGAUUCAGCAAUUUGUCCUGGAGUGUUCAACACUCGUCGUCAAAAAGGAGAUGUUUGCUGUGGGCGCAAUUGAAGACCUAGACGAAAUUGGCGUGUUCCAGAAAAAAGUUCGCGACAAUCUAGUUGAGCGUGUCAACUCUUUGCUCAAGCGUGGAGUCAAUUCUGCGUCAUUCCGCAAAUGGAAUCCCUCACCUCACGAAUUCAUCUUUGAUCAAAUGUUUACUUGUCAAUCUCUUUGCCCCCAUUGCAACGCUGUGUGCGAUGGUUGCCCAGGUCAUAAAGAACAUUCAAUACAAUCUCAUCGUCUAGUGGGAGUUGUUGGUGUAAGGCGCAAGGGGACCAACGAAUUAAGCACCAAUACUUGUGCGGAGUACGUCGCAGCAAAGCAGGAAUUUGAAAACCUGCAUACACGAGCCAGAACAUACCAUUACCGAAGUGAUCGCUCUGUCAAUUUGUACCCUUGGGUCAUUCUUGGAGAUAGAUCACUUAAACAAUCGAUGUAUUGGAAGUGGUUUAUGGCAACAUUCUGGAAGGAACUUGCGGAGCAUUAUAACGCCACACCAGUGGAACUUUAUUAUUGUGAAUUCAUUACAUUCAACGACGCGAAAGAACAGCUUAUGAGGCAAUACGACCUGUAAAAAAGCUUCCAUGCAGCCGUGGUCUUCUAUAGGCGUCAGUCUUCGUAACUUACGUUGUUUUCUUAACUUAUUUGUAUUGAAUUGUAUCAUUACUUGGUGCAAUAAUUAGCUGUAUUCAUACCAUAAUAUACUCUGCAUACGCGGGCAUGGAUAUAUUUUAACCCGCUAAAUACGCUAAAUAGUUAAUUUUAUGCCCAAAUUCUGUUUAAUAUUUAGCACGCUUUAACGUUCGACGUGGUAUUGUUUAAUUCCACUUAUAACUAAAAAUUAAACUUAUAUUGUUUAAUUAUUUUGCCUAUUAAAUGUACAUUUACUAAAAAUCACCAAACGUAUUACAGAGACGUAGCCAGACCUUAAAGAGGGAGGGGAGGAGCACGGCUCCCACGACUCCCCCCUGGCUACGUCGCUGACGUAUUAUAAAAUGUAAGCUAAAUUGAGUAGACUCUAGUCUUUAGUCUAAAACGGUAAAUGCUUUGUAUUAUGAAAUAUUAUUACC